CACAGUGGUCUCCCUGUUAAUACUCUCUACCCGAUAACUCAAGGAAGGGUCAUUGUGAAAGGGAAAUAAAUAAAUUCGCAAUUUUGUAAAAGAAGACCGCUAUCUUUAAAAUUAAAUGAUUGAACAUUCAACAGCGUGGAAUCUUAGUCUUUAAUUCAUCCAUGAAUGUAGAUGAUCUAGAAGCGCCUGACACUCUUAUGCAGGAUAGUACUUUAAAUAGUGAUAUAGACGAUGACCAAGUGAGGCAAAAGCACUGCACGAUUUGCAGAAGACCGACAACUUGCUAUGUGGAUACAUACAUUGAUGUCUUUGUUAAUCGUGCAACAGUCGAUGAGUUGAGAAGAAGCGGUUUCAGUUUCCAUUGUGGACUGGGUCAAAGCAUGAAAUACCUGGCUAGAUUUGACUGGAAGAAGCACCCAGCAAGAAAAGAUUCAUUAGUAGAGAUCCAUUUGGAUUGUUAUUUAGAAGACAGUGACAUAUGCAAGGCAAUAGUAGACACCUUAAUUGAUAUCUCAAAUCAUCACAAGAUAGAAAGUGUAAUUUAUCAGUUGCACACAUCAAGGAAGAUCAGAUUGUUUGGUAUCAAAGUCAACCCACUGUGCUUUGUGCUGGAACAGCCAAACUUUGUGCAGAAGAAGGGACUGUGGGGCAUCUCAUUAGAACAUGACACUGUGGAAAGUGUUGAUCACAUUAUAAGAAUAAUCAGCAGCCUACUUCCUGAAGAGAUUGUUAUGACAAGAGACUCCUGGACAGUUCGGCAGCAUCAUAUGGAUGAUUUAUCAAAAUGGAAGUUUAACUCGCCAUGGAAGUUCAUCAUUCGUCUGCAAGAAGAGGAAGAAUCAGUGACCGGCAGAGUUGUCAAGACUGCAGUGCGAGAAGCUCUAGAAGAAUUCACUUCAUCGCUUCUCCAGCAAGACAGGAUGGACAAUCCAUGGGGAUCAGUUUUGGAAAAUCUAAAGAGUCUCUUUGUAUCAAGAAGUGUGCAGAAAGACACAGCAGGCCAAACCUCAGAAGCAAGUGUCACCUCCUUAGCUAAACCAAACACAGAGCCAUCAUCAAAAUCACCCACAAGCAGGACAAAAAGGCUGUCUUUCAAAUCACCAGUUACGGUAGUGGAGAGUACAUUGAAACGUGCACGGACAUCAGAAAAGCUUGGCUAUCAGAGUGGACAAACUUCGACAUGGCAAGCCAAGAAUUUCUGGCGGCAGUUCCUUCAGGACGCAUUUCCAGAUUACCACAACAAAUGCUAUUUUAUUCCACCAAUCUACAUGAAUCGAGUACCCCUUAGCAGACAAUUGGUGGCCGGUAUGCCAGUGCUGGUGCCACAAGCUGCUCGUGGACAAGCAGGAUGGUCACCUAUAGUGAUCACCACUUCAGAUUUAGAACAGCCUCAGGUGGUGUUGGACAGUGAUGUUCGAGAUGACCGUGCACAGCAGCAUGUCUUUUUCUGUCUGAGGAAGAUGGUUGAAGACAUGGAGGAAAAGGGGAUGAUGGUGUUGAGUCAGCUGCAGUUUGGGGAUUACUUGAAUGAACCCAGUUAUGCAGCAGCAGCUGCACAACUGCCGUCACCGUCAAGUCUGCCAUCUGCUUUGCCAAAAAACUGGAAACGUGGGGACUUUGAUGUGCUUAUCAUACACAGAAAGUAUGGUCUCCUUGCUGUUGAAGUAAAAGCUUUUGGAGACAACAUUAAGGCGCUGAACAUGUCCCAAGAGGUUGUUCAUGUAACGUUGCGCAAAAAACUGAAGCAGGCAAUCAGCAUUCUGGACAAAUCGAAAGCAAUGCUGUCACAUUUGGUGUCUGACAUUGCUCCAGGACUGAAAAUUGCAGUGUCCCUAGCAUUUCCUAGCAUCAAAAAGCAACAGGUGCUUGAAGCAGUCAUGGAAAAUUUAGAUCUUGAGCGGGAUUUGUGCCACCGUCUUGAAGUAUCCAAUCUCAUCGAGGCCUCUGAAAGGAUUCUUUGCUCAGAUGAUUUGUCUGACCAUCAUGCACCAUGGGAGGUAACUGCCGAGGUCUCAGAAAAGCUGCAGAAAUGGUGGAGGUCAGUGGUUGCUGUGCAUGGCCCUCACCCACUAAUGACAUCAGAAUGCUAUGAACAUCUCUGGCAAGGUUUUGCGGUCCUGCUACCACAGUAACUGUUCCUUCAAUUAUGUCUGCUCGACUAUCAUUAAGGACAUUAGGUGAUGCUGUUUCUGCAGCUGGAAAAGCAUUUACCUGCAUGGCUCUUUAUCCAGAACAGAUUAAUCUGCUGAACAGUUCCCCACCUCGGGUUUUUCUUGCUGGCCCUCCAGGUACUGGUAAAACAUUGGUUUUACUGUUAAAAGGAGCAGAGAGCUUACGACAUGGGAACAAAAUUCAUGUUUUAAGUACCUGGGCAUAUGGUCGUAGCGCAAACAUCAUGCUGUGCCACCUUUUAAAGCAGACUGUGGAACAAUUAUCAGAUAGCAAAUCAGCAAAUAUUUCCCUUUCUCAUCUUGAGCUACAUCAUUUGGAUUUAGAAGAUGAGGAAAGCACGACAAAAGCAGCAAGCUACAUGGCGGACAAAGCAGAUAACAGUUUACUUCAUGUCUUGGUUGAUGAGGCAGGCCCAGACAGAAGGGGUCAUUUCCAGAGGUUUUGCCAGGGAACUUUUUGCACCAUGUGCCACACUUAGUUUUGUGGGCUGCUAGCUGUUUCCAUGAAAAUACCCCAGGCAGCUGGCAACUGGAAGUUUUGACCAGACCAUUGAGAUCACCACCUGUAGUAGUGCGGGAAGUGAUACAGGCUGAUGAGUUUGAAACAGAGGUUAAAAGGUACAGUGAGAGGGAUAUACCUGCGCCUACAGAUGGCCCUCCUGUGAAGAACCUGUAUCAUAAAUCUGGGAAACAUGGUGUAAAGUAUCCUCAGGAUUGCUUUGAGUGUGGCAGGGAAAUUGCAGAUUUCUUGCACAGCCUACGUAUUGAGAAACCAGUUUUAAACCUGGAGGGUACGUAUCCUGCUCCUCCUUCUCUGGAGUUCAGAGACGUGUUGGUGCUAUGUGCAAAUCCCACUGACAGUGCUGUUGUUCGUGGACUUCAGCAUCGUAUAUUAACGCCAAAGUUUUUAAGGCCGAGAAUAUGGAAGGACAUUGCAACAGCCCGCACAAAUGUGGUCUGGCUUGCAGAUCCCAACCACGUGAGGGGCUUGGAAAGAAAGAUUGUGGUGUGGCUGCUAGACAAUGUUCCAGACUUCACCGACUACCGACUUCAUGCUGUUUCACGCUGCACUUCACAGUUAGUGUUUGUGUUGCCUUUAGAACAAGAUUUCAUCUCAAAGAGUGUCUCUUCCUCAUCAUUGGAUCUGAUGUUAUGACCAGAAAACUUUACAUCAGCAUUUUUGAAAAAAAAUGCAUUUUACAUGCACCGAUCACCCAUUAAUUUUCCUGGUCUACAAUGGUCAUCAUAGACCAGGGGUGCCCAACCUGUGGCCUGUGGAAGUGCCUCAUUUGGCCUGCUUAUUUUAACCAGACACAACAUUAUUUAAUUUUUAAAGUCAUGAUUCUGGCAAAAACCAUGUUCUGGCCCACGAGAUUUUACAUCAUGUUCAGUCCAGCCCUCGGGUGAGUAAAGGUUGGCCACCACUGUUAUAGAUGUCACCAAACAAUGUUACAGGUUUGUGCUUUGCGUCACACAAGAUAUAUUUCUCCAAUAGUGUGAAGGACAAGUGUGCCCAGUCAGAAAUAAAUGUUCACAAUUACAAAUUAAUGUUCAAUCAGUGAGGUCUGCAAGAGUACAGGUGAAGAAUAGCCUGCACUGCCCAGCUGAGGAUCGUGCCCAAAUUGAUUAUAAAUUAAUAGUGAAUGAUUCUUUAUACAUGAAAUAUACUUACUGCCAGCUUACAAACAAAUAUGUAUGUGGCAUAUUGAAGAUUCAACUCAUUAAUUACAUCAACUUUUAUUUGAUAGAUCAUGCAACAUAUGACAAAAAUCUACUUUUAAAAAAAGAAAUUUUACUGGUUAAAGUACCUUUAUUAGCUACUAUUGUCAGUCUGGAAAUGUCUUAAUUUUUUUUAAAUAUUACCACCAUACCAUGGAACAAAAUUUAAAUAAAGACUUUCUGAAGCUUUUCCCUUCCCCCUUUUACAGGAGUAUUGUGCAUGUGCUGUAUGGCAUUGUGUGGUCUCUUUUUGUCUAGCUGGUAUGCCAAUACAGCUGUGUAGAGAAUUAUGUCUAAUGGGAGAUAAUAGAGAUAAACGCAAUUCUUAUUUCAAAAGACACAUGUAUUUCACACAAUUUUAUCAAAGGGAGAAAUUUUAUUGAAUAUUUGUGCACGUCCUAUGAGGGAAGGAAGAAAAUGGAUGGAGAAAGUUAUCCACCCACUAGUGGUAGUUGAAAACAAAUUAAGAAACUAUGAAAAAAGUGAAACAAUCACAUCAUCUUAAAUCAUAUUUGUGCACAUAGUACAUGCUUUCUAGAAUGUGAAAGUAUCAAGUGUUGAUGCUGCUGAGGAGUAACAUGCAGAAAAUUUACUAAGUUCUGGAGGAGGGGGAAGAUUGUGUUUUGUCGGCAUACAUUUAAUGGAGAAGGCAAAUUACUCAAAAAUUCAAGAAACAUUUUGAGGUCUUGGAAAAAAAAAGUCAUCCCAGUCAUUGUUGGCAUUCUGGUUCAAGUCACUUAACACCUGCAUGUAGCACAUGUACACAAUACCUGCAUUGUAAAAUUGCUCAUAGGCAUGAAAUUUCUGUUUACAUCUUUAGAAUUAAGGUAUGAUAAAAAUUUUGUACAGUGGACAGCAUAUUAAUAUUUUAGUGAUUGAUUUAUCUUAAAAUUAUUUCUAAUGUACACUACUACAUGUGCUUAUUCAGUGGUAGGACUGUGGUUUAUGAUUAAUCAGGAGCAGAGUGAUAUAUCUUUCAAAGAUCAGCUAGAAAGAUGAUACAAGUGUUUGUAUGCCCAAAUUAGUGACUAGCAAUGACUUUGACUAUAAAAGGUUUUCUGAAAACUUUGACGAGUCUAAAAGUUCUCGUUAUAAAGCACUUGACCGGCUGUUUACUGCCUAACAGAAAUAAGAACUAUUGGUGUUGUCAAAUGUGUCCCAUUGUCAGCCAUGGAAGAUCUUUUUCUUUGACCUAUUGCUGGGGGAACUGCAUGUAUUAUAUUGGUGAUAACCAAUUCUUCCUACUCCUUCUGGACUGUUUAUGUGAUAACUACUCAAGAGGCAGCAUAAUUUAUCAAUUCUUAAAUGUUGUACUUGUAAUCGACAAAUUAAAUCUUUUUAUUUCCAA